CGUGGACGACACCACAGAAACAGUAUGGAUGCAUUUUGUGUUUUUGUUGUUUUACUUCAGUUACUUCACUUGUAUUGGAUUUGGCUGCAACGCUGUUUACCCCUGAGACUCAAACACUUCACCCACCUCCACCGGCACAGUGGUGACUGGGUGAUGAGUGGAUUUCAGGCUUGAGGGUUGUUUUACUCUGAAAGCGCCCAGCAGAAGUGUCUCUGCUCGGCCCUCCUGGCUUCACACUGGUCCUCCUCCCGUCGUGUCAGCCGAGGCCAGCAUCACCUUCUCUCCAUGUCCGUGUUGUUUCCCUCCGUUUCCUUCCUCUCCGUCGUCUCUGCAGCUCCAGCGGCUCUUCAUCCUCCUCUCCACUCGUAGAAGAACCCACAUUUCUUCUGUUUCUCCCGGAGCUCGGAGCGCAUCGCUGUGCGCCUCGGUCCGUCGCGUCGUUGCGCAUCAGCCGGGGAGAGAAAAACAUCCAUCCACGACGAGGCGGAGGAGGCGGCGAGGUGCGAGCACAGCAACGCCCAUUUCGACACCUCCUGAGUCGGGGAACACGUCUCACCGUCCUCCUUAUGUCCUGCCCGGUUGUGUUUCUCUCCAAAGAAGGCUUCCGUCGCUUGUAGCCGCCUCUCCCGGUCCCAUCUCGCCCGCUCUGCCCGGCAGCAUCUUCGGCAAACACCCACAGGGGCCGGCGGGCUGCUGUGGAGCUCCGCGCUCCCUGGAUGUGCAGAUCCCAUUUCUGCAGACAGCAUCAGUGGCCUUAACCCACCACACCUCCCUGUGGUCCUCCUCCGUGCCCUGUGGCGUCCCCCCUCCCUACCUGCCCGAGCUCUCUGCUCCUCAUUCUCCUCUCGGUCUCCCGCCAUCGCGUCCAGCUGUGGCCCUCGCAGGGCGCGCUCGCUGGCUCUCACCUGACAGGUCCCUGGCCUCAGGACGACAGCCAGGACCAACACGUUCCCUACAUGAGGGACAAAGCGACGCAGACCCCCAGGGCCUGGGCAGAUGAGAGGAGGAGGGGCUCUCACAAACGCUCGGCCUCCUGUGGGAGCACCGAUCAGCUCAAGGAGAUUGCCAAAUUGCGUCAGCAGCUCCAGCGCAGCAAACGAAGCAGCCGCCAUCGGAGGGAUAAAGACCGCAAGUCCCCGUUCAAUGGCAGCCAUACUAUCAUCCAGUCGCAGUCACCUAUGCCCAAGACCAUCCUGAUACCCAUCCCUAUAUCCAAGUCAUCGGCCCCUCGCUUCCGCAACAGCGUGGAGGGCCUCAACCAGGAGAUAGAGCGCAUCAUCAUCCGAGACACCCCCGAGAAGGAAGAGACCAUCGUUCCACAGGAUGUUCCAGAUGGGCACCGUGCACCCCCACCUGUCAUCCCGCAGCAGCGCAGCAGCAGCACCCGCAGCAUCGACACACAGACACCCUCGGGAGGCGGCCUGAGCGGUAACCACAGCAACUGCAGCAGCCGCCCCGACUCCAUCUCGCCCUCCUACCUCACCGUCCUCAACGACACGAGUGGAGGAAGCCCCUACGAGGAGAAAGAGCUGGGACCCUGCUCACCGCUGCCGAAGUACGCUGCCUCUCCCAGACCCAACAACAGCUACAUGUUCAAGAGGGAACCUCCAGAGGGCUGCGAGAAGGUCAAAGUGUUCGAGGAGUCCAUGCCCAAACCUCUGCAGGACAUCCCGCCCUUCCUGUGUCCCGACCGCAACAAGGUCAACUUCAUCCCCAACAGCGGCUCUGCCUUCUGCCUUGUCAGCAUCCUUAAGCCCUUACUCCCCGCCCCGGAGCUCAGCUUUCGCCCCGGGGUGGGCCUGCGAAGCCUGUCCCCGGCCCUCGUGCCUCUGUCCACCCAGCCCUGCCUCCUGGAGGAGCCUGAGAGCUUCUGACGAGGUUCUCAAGUCGCCACAAAACAAGCACCCACCCCCCUCCCCCCCUCCCAACGAAAUCAGAAAACAUUUGAAAUUAGGAAACAACCCUUCUGCUCCAAAAAAUGCCUUCAGCAUGCCAGCUACGCUCUCUCUGAUGUCCUUAUCUUGUUGAAAAAGUGCUUCCCACUGCCUCUCCUCCUCAGACAACUACGACUCGAGAGCCCUGCAGCGCCGUGCGGGCGUUUGCAGCCAACAUUUCAUCGCUUUCUUCUACCUUUAGUGCUGGUUAUGUUCCUGUUUUUUGGGAGGGAAAGGGUAAAAAAGGACAGACUCUUUUAUUUCAUCGUAUUAUACCAUGGCGCCUUUCCACGGACAUAUCUCUUUUUCUAUAUGUAGUUAUUUCUCUUGAUAUGAAAUAUGCCUUCCAUUACAAAAAAAAAGGCUGCUGGUUUCCUUGGCGACCAAGAGAUUGACAACAGAGGCUAAUUGUGGUGCUGCCUGAUAAAUCGUAGCAAAACCUGAAGGGUCGUGUCAAGGAGAAGUAAAGAAAACGUGCCUGAUUUUUUUAGACCGCUCAGUUUCUCCAAACCAGCUUAGUGCUGCGAUCGUGUCGGAUCUCUAUCGUCACACAUGAUCUUUGCACUACGGUGGCCAUAGAUACACACAGAAGAACAGGGCGAGGAGGUGCAGAGUCCAAGCUACCUUUAAACCAUCUGUUUUGUACUUGAACCAGCCUGUGACAGUGAGAGAAACUGGUACAAGCUGAUGCCUCUGCUUUACUAACUGGUAGCAGCGAGCUGGGCCCCCCUGCUGGCCGCUGUGUGUAUCUAUGGGAAACACAGGCCAGGGCUAUGAUGUGUGCAGCGUGUUCGACCUGUCUGCUUCCCAGGCACCAGCCUUGGCUCACAGUGUCCUUUUUUUUACUCCAGCACCAUCGCGACCACCCUCCUUCUGUUCCUCCUCUCUCUCUUCUCUUUUCUUUCCCUCACUCUCACUGUAAAACUGAUUUCCUUCUGUCCUGCUCUAACUGUGUUGUUGUGAAACAUGUCCAGAGGGGCCUCGUCCCGUCGCUGCAGGACAGGCCUCCUCUGGCUUUGCAGGGCCCUGAGCGUGGAGAGGUCAAGAACCUGAGUGCGACACUGCAGACGUGUGUACGAUACGACCGAGCUACAGUUGUUUUAAAACCCGUUAACACCUGGAGUCAGUCCUGAAAACCUGAUAUCUGAGUCUGCUGGAUGUGUAAACGUUUGAAGCAUCAACCUAAACCUAAAAUCAACCGUGUCAGUGUUCAGUUCACGGCAUAUGAAGAAGAACAGUGAAGGCAGGUUUAAAACCAUUUGUGACUUCAGCAAUGAAGUUAAAUGGAGGAUGACUGACCGUACGAUAGGUUUAGAAACAUCUCUUCCUGGAUUGGACUCAUGUUGUGAUGUGUGAGGCUGCAGUGUUGUUAGAUGGGACUCUGACCUCUCCAUGCGUGGGCCCGUCCUCCUGUAUAUGUCAUUACCACUUGACUGUGCCUGCCACGGUGGGGAUAGGAAUGUACUGGAUCUGUAAAUAUAGAGGCACACUGUGUUUGUAUUAUCAGCUGACAAAGAUAUGUAUCUGAAUGAGUCGAUUAUUGUACCAUAUAAUACCCCUCACCCCCAAACCUGCCCCUCCCGUCCCCCUGCUGAGUACUGUGAAUUACUACAUCUCAUUAUUGUGAAUGAUUAUGUAUUUAUUUAUCAGACCGGAGUGUAAUUGGGUCUUCAGAGAAUUUUAAUCGAGAAUAGGUCACAUCGUCCAUCUCAGGUUGUAGUGAAUAGGACACAAAAAGUAAAGAUGUACUUAACUCCUCAGCGCACACUAACAAGUCUACACGACCAUACGAGAGCGAACCAACAGCCGCUGUGUCUGUAGCCGCACAUGGCGGAGAUCCUGGAUGAUGUAAACCUGUAGCAGUAGACAAGAGGUGUCAUUCGUUACAGCCAGUCACUUAAAGAAAUGGUUGUUUAAUGAGUCCUGUUCCAAAAUGAGAUAUCCACUUGCUGAAAAACAAUCACAUCCACAGUGACACGUUUCAACAUGUUUACAAGAAAAUCUAAGUAGCUUGAAAGAACAGACUCACAAACGUCGAAAUACUGUUUGAUUUACAACUUUUUUUUCUUUUCAAAGUGGAUAAGCGGCAUUUUGGAAUGAGGCUCGACGCAAGAAAACUCAACACUACGAUUCUCUGUUUGCUUGUCCAGUUUAUUGGAAAACAGAACUGCCAAGUUUUCAUCUGUUUAACUCCUCCAGUCAAAAUAAAAAGGCAUAGUUGAAUUAAAUGAAGCAUCUGUGAUUGACUUGAGAAAUACAUUCUUGUUGUUUUGAAAGUGUGAAAAUCAACAGUAGAAAGUAGAACACAUGAACUGACAGUAGUUAAAGACGAAGGGUUUCAUCCCACCUCUCCCCUGAAAAGCAGAUACUUCUGUGCAGAUUGUAUACAAAGAAAUUCCUCCCAUAAUUGCAUGAAUGCCAUAACUAAGGGUUUGACAUCGCAACAGUUCAGGUGACCUCUUAAAUUUUCCAUUUUAUCCACAACAUACAUAUUAGGAGACUAAAUCAAAAGAUUCAUAAAUGUUGUUUUCCCUAGAAACAAAUAGAAUAAUUCAUAAUUUAAUUCAAUAAACAAGUAAAUCAGAAAUGUAUUUCAUGAGGUGGUAACAUCUCUCCAGUGUUUAUCCCUUUUCAAUAUAUUUCCAAAAUCCAUCUGUGCAAAUACACAACACAAAGCUCAUGAUAUGAAGUAUUUUACAGUGUUACUUUAGUGAUAUGAUCUGAAAAUAAAUACAUUUUGCUGCGUCUUAGUUCCUGUUAUUUUUAGGUUUCAACCCACUUAAAAUAAUGACAUCCCUUUAUCCAAUGUUAAAACUUCCUUCAAGAGAAAAUGAUUACAAAAUAAAUGCUCAUCACACAUUCUUCUUGGCCUUGGACUGUUGUGAUUGUGAAAUUGCGACGUCCGAGGGGGACAGGAGAUGAUUUAGUGUUAAGCGUUCGGCCCAGCAGAAUCUGGGACGAGGGUAAGAAAGGUCAUGAACAGGAUACCGUCCUCAGAAACGCCACAAAAAGAAGUCAUCACUAGUUUCAGGCUCUCGGCAGGUGAUGGGCUGGACUUUCCAGUAUCAUGAAGCUGAUUGGUAAAUCAGCAGGUUCAGAUAAAAACUGUUUGAAUUACUUAUUUGAUGAUAUAAAAACAUAGUAAUGACCAAAACAACCACUGUGCAAGAUGGCCGCACCUUUAUCUGGGAUAUUUUGGCUUCACCUCACAUGAACGUGGUAAUACCUGGACCAAGCUGACUGAUGACCAGCAUCAUGAUACUUGAGGGUCACUGCUCGUUUCGUGUGCAAAUUCAGUCUCGUGACAGACACAGGGUCCCGUCUAUUCUCUGACCAACACCAUCAUCCAAUACACUGACAAUGGUGACAAUCAUGUGCUACUACAUGAAACUACAUUACAGAUUAAAUAGACUUUAUAUCCUGGGUCCCUUGUGACGUGUACACACGGCAAACUGACACUCACUCACUCACUCACUCACACACGCACACAUACACGCAACGCAAACAUGGAUUAAAGACAGAGAAGCACACUAUGCUGUCUAAAAUAAACCUGUAACCCAAACAUUCACUGUGCUCGACAGACACUGCAAAAGCUAAUAGUGAAAAGUAACACAAACCGCACGAGGUCUGCUGUGUGCACAGGAGUCAGUGGCUCCUUGUGUAGUGUUAACAGUCUUUUUCAGCUGAGCAGGAGAACAACAACAACAACUGGCUCCACUGACAGUUGGUUUUCUCCGGUGUAGAAUAUCUUCUUCCAGUGUAACAUCAAUAAGAGUAUUUGCAGUUGUGUAGUUGCAUAUACUGAAUGUCUCCUUGUAACAGAAAUGCAUGAGUGUUUCACUGUUAGCGUGAGAUCGUUUACUUGGGUGUUGGCAUGAAAGGUCAGUAAUCGGAAAUCAUACACUGUAACACACACACA